UCAACUACGCUCAAAUUGAAAAGGAGGUCUAUGCCAUUCUGUUCGGAUGUAAACGUUUCCAUCAGUACGUAUAUGGACGACAAGUCAUUGUGGAAUCCGAUAUGUCUUGAACGACGCCCCUCAAACACCAAAGAGCCAAUGUUACCUCACUGUAUCCCAGACCGACCCUGGAAGGUCGUGGCAACCGAUCUGUUCACCUGGAACAACAAGAACUACAUCAUAACAGUUGACUACUACAGCAGAUACUUCGAACUCGACAAGCUUCACAGCACCACAUCUGCAGCUGUGAUACACAAGCUGAAAGCAGCCUUUGCCAGGCAUGGCAUUGUAGAGACUUUAAUAUCUGACAAUGGGCCCUGUUACAAAUCAAAUGAGUUUGAAUCCUUCACAAAAGCAUGGGAGUUUACGCGUCACCACAAGCCCACAUUACCCUCAAAGUAAUGGCCUUGCUGAAAAAUCAGUGCAGAUUGCUAAAUCACUCAUGGAUAAAGCAGACAAGAGAGACCCCUACCUCAGCCUCCUUGAAUACCGCAACACUCCAGAUGACAACUUAAAAUCACCAGCCCAGCUGUUGAUGAGCCGCAGACUUCGCUCAAUCCUUCCCAGCACCAACCAGCAGCUACAACCUGAGGUCGUCAGCUACAAGGAAAUGCAUGAAAAACGUGCACAGAGACAACAACAACAAAAGCGAUACUACGACAGGUCAGCUAGACCACUGCCACCACUGAUCGACGGAGAGUCAGUUUUAAUCCAGGAGCAUGGCCUCUGGAAGCCAGCAGUCGUCAUCCAGCCAGCUGACACUGAACGUUCAUAGCACGUCCUCACCGCAGAAGGAGCAGUGUACCGCCGCAAUCGUCGUCACCUACUGAACACAAAAGAACAACACACUGAUGAGAUGAACAGUUCCCCUGAAAGAGAACGUGAUGGACUAAACACAUACAUCACAACAUACACCAUACUUACCUGCAACACCACAAGAGCUGUUGACUGACACAGAAGCAUGCUCAGCAUCAUAUCGCACAAGGUCAGGAAGAGAGGUCAAGCCCAGAGCUGUCCUAGAACUGUGAAAUGUCAAAGGGUGUAGGCGGAUCGCUGCCCUAAAAGAGUUCCACACUGUAAACUUGUUAUUGAAAGUUCACUUGAAAUGCUUUGGUAUUGUAUUUGUUUGAAAUGUUAAGAUGUAUUUCUACUGUGAAAGCUGAGUUGCUGAGAAUCCCUUGUUCGAAAAGUAACAGUAUGUUGGACCAUUGUUUCAGAGUCUAUGUUGAUUCAGUUGGUGUAGUAUAAAAUAUAAAUGGUUACUUACCUUGAGUUCAAACUGCAGAGCAUGUUUUCAAAAGAAACGCUUAGAAUAUGUAAACAUUUUUCUUUUGUUUUAAAAGAAGGGGGAUGUAAUAUUCAUAUGUGUAAACAUACUGAGUAAUAAUUGGAUGCAUUUUGCCGCCAUAUUAUACUGUGCUAUGAUUGGUUAAGACCACCCAAAUGGUUAGGUCAUGGUCAGUUUGAUGCUGGUUGGCGAUACGUGAACAUGCCAGUUAUAGCUAGCUAAAAAAAGAGCUACGUUAAGAAAUAUCCUGUAGUACUGCAUUUUAUUAUUUUGUACAAAGCGUGCAAAACAAGACAGUGCAGACGAGGAAUGCAGUGUGCUCCUGUGCCGGGGCAAAGCUUUCAGCGAUUUCACCGGACCAGACUGUCGGUUUCUGUCAUUUAAAAAAGGAGAGACUAUAUAUGUCUACUAUAAACUCUCAGGCCAAAGGACAAAUAUAUGUGCAGGGAGUGACCAACUCGUAAUCAAUCACAUAUACACUGAAAAAGAAAUGGAGAUUCCUGCUGAGGAAACCGACAUUGUUUGCUUUGAGACUGGACACGAUAAGUUUGACAGUUAUGACAUUGAUUCACUGUUAGGUUCCUCUUUAUUGUUAACAGACAAGGAGGAUUCUGUGCAAGUAACCACAGAGACUUUGUACCUAAACAAAAGUGCUGAGAGCACCACGGUGGAAGUGGAUGAGCCUCCACCUGAAGUGACACUGUUCGAAAAUUAUAAGAUUGAUAGGGAUGUACCUGAGGACAUUGAUAAGGUUGUAGAGGUUCCAGAUAAUGAUGAUCUGAGACAUUUUGAGCCUUUAGAGUCCUCUUUGCCUCAGCCUGAAACUCUUGACACAAAGGGAGUGGAAUCUAACACUGUACUUGAGACCACAGCUGAGAGGAUCAAAGAUUACCUUCAGAAAGAUCAGCAGAGGACAGUGCCGUACAGUGUUGUUGAACCAGAGGAAGGUGAGAUCAAAGAAACCCCCUCAGAACCUGAAUCCAAAGAUGAUCCUGAGUUAGAAAAUGCACCUGAUGGUUUUUCAGAAGGCAGAUCUAUUCCUGAGUUAAACACCACACUAGGAAUAACUUUUGAUGCUGUCACUUCCAAUGAUAAGGACACUUGGAAGGUGACUCCAUAUGACGAGGAAAGUGACAAGACUGAAUAUCAGCAGGAUGAGGAAAGUGAUUAUCAUCUCAGGCAAACUCCAUUGCUGGCUUUUCCUGAAGAAAGUUCUAAUUUGGAACACGAGAACAUUCCAGAAUCUGAUCAGACAGAUGAGGAAUACAGUCUAUCAGAGGUACCUCAUACACAGAAACAGGACUCCAAGGACAAUAACCUGUGGUCUGCAUUUGGUGAUACCGUUUUUAACAUUGUCAGUGGUGGGGAAAGAAUAGCUUAUGUUGCCGGUUCAGAGGAAGAUGACGAGGAGGAUGAUGACGAAGGUGAGAUUACACCAGAGGAGCCUCCCAAAAUUGAAGAACCCAAGGAGUCAUUUGGCUGUUCUACUUCCUCUGAGCUAAUCUUUGAGGAACCUGCGGACUCUAAUUUCAGUGAGGAUGCUGUCAAAGUACCUGAUGAGGAUUCUCAGACGUUGCAGUUUGAGAAUGAAUCUGAAGAAGGUGACAUCGAACCUUCAACACCUCCUGCUGAUGAGGCGAGUCCCUUUGAACACACUGAGGCUUUAGCAGAGAAUCUCACAGAAGAUGACAGCCCAGUCCCUAAACAGCUCUCACAGACAGACAUGCUCUCAGACUUUGAUAGUAAAAUGAACAAAUCAGAGCAGAAACAAGCUGUUGAAGAACUCCCCAUACAAAAAGAGGAGUCAAUAGAUUUCUCACAAGUAGAGAAUACAUUUAAACAGGGUGGUACAGAGCUUUUCAGACUAUUUCGAGAACCAUACCAGAAGGUCCCAGAUCCAAGUAGAAACACAAUGGUGAAAGAGAGCCAUCAAGAACUCCCCAUAGAGGAGGAGGAUUCAAUACACCUAGAGGGGGAAGAGAUUGAGGAAGAGUUGCUAGAGGAUGAAAAUGCAGUAUUAUCUUCAUCCAAAACUGAGCACACUGAUGAAAAUGACACAGAAAGUCUAUCUGAAUUUGGGUCAGAGCAACCCAAUAAUUAUACACAAACCGAUGUUGUAUCCAGUGAUGUGUUGGAUGUGGUCCAACACGACGAGGCUAUUGACAUAGAACCUGAGGUGCAUGAGACUGAAAAUGGUGCUGAAAGCCACACACCCUCACUUAAAGAUAAAGUUUUGGAUCCCCUUCCAAACAAAGAGGCGGAAUACAGUGACAAUGUGUUGAGGCCGACACUAUUGCGACACCGCUGCAAGGAGGAAGAUAUGGAGCGCCUCCUAAAGAUUCUCGGUCCUCAGAACCUCUUUAGGUUGGAGUUCCUUUUUUUUGACCUGGAGCUGAAGGCUGCCCUGCUGUCCCAGACAAACGCCCGUGAGGACAUUGAAAAGGUGCUGGAAGCCAUUUUGGAAGCCUCUGAAACCCCAAUCCUGGAUGAGUUUGAGAUGAUGCUGGAUGCCCAUGAGAACGCUGAACAGCAGCAGGAUGCUGGUGAGUUUGUUGAGGAAACUUCCAUCUUGGAAGACUUCCAGGAAUUGGUGUUCACCCUGCGUCAGAAGUACUCAACGGCCAGAAGCAGUGCUCCCAUGGCAGUGGGCAGUCAACUACACCCUGACACAGAUGGGAAUAUGUCUGAAAAUACCUUGGACAUGGGACUUAGCGUAGACAUGGAUCACCCUCCCUCAGGAUCUCUGGAGUCACCUGCUGUCACUGAUUUCCAUGAAGAUGAGCAGAGUGGUUCAUCAUUCGUAUCAGUGCUAAUUUUAUCUGGUUGUCUCGUCACUCUGUUUUAUGAGUAUCUUGGAAUACAUGGUGUUAUGAUGGUCACCAGCCUGCCAGAGCACUGGAAGCCAGGUCCAGACUUCUACGGCGUGUCCUGUGAACCCGUGCUGGUCACUGCAGGUGCCGGGGUCAUCGGCUUCCUCUUCUGGAGGAGCAUUCUAUCUGUCAAAAGCAAGUCAUAUCUAAAAAUGGUGGACAGGAUGAAAAAGCUUGAACAAGAGAAGAAGGAGAUACUCCAAAAGGUCGCUGAACUGCAGCAACAGGGCGAAGAACUUAAAGAAAAGCAAAAGCUGUCUGAAAAAUCUGCCACUUUAUCUCUGGAGAAGAUCCAGGAAUUGGAGAAUAUUGUGCCAGAGAUGGAGAGACAAAAUGAGCGCCUGGACGAGGAAAAUAACUUACACGCCAUAUCCUUUGACAAAGAGCGGGCCAAUACUGCGAAACAUGAAGAUAUGAUGUCCGAAAUGGACAAAACCAUUGAGAAGUUGAAGCGCAGCAAGAAGAAGACCCAGGAUGCACUCUCGAAGUCUACCAUUUUGAUGGAUGAAGCCAAACUCCGCGAAGAUGCCCGGAAUGUCCAGGUCCAGGUUCUGGAGAAGGAUUUUGCCACCCUGAAGGAGGAGAACCUCUCGCUGCACCAUGCUGCCAAGUUGUGGGAGGAGAAGAACAGGGAGACAAGCGAGCAGAUCAAAGUCUACCAGAAGUCCCAGAAAGACCUGGAGGAUUCCCUCCUUCAGAAGGCCCACAACGUUCUAUCUGACCUGCUAGGAGACCUGGAGGCCUGCGAUGACCUGAAAGGUGGAGUUGUUGCUAACGGGGUAGCCUCUAACGGUCCAGACCACUCUGUCUGCUGUGGAGGAAGAGCGCGAUCGCUUCAUGACAAAGCUGCUGAACGAAGAGAAGUCCAGGAAAGAGCUGGAAGAGCAAUUUCAGAACUAGAGCAUGACAUCUUGUUGGUGAAAAGUGACAAGAACCACCUGGAGAACCAGUACAAGACCCUGCAGCAGAAGAAUGACAUCAUGACAGAGAUGUACCAGCAGAAGGAGAACGCUUUGCAGCAGAAGUUGACCAAGGAGGAGUUUGAGCGCCCCAACAAGGAAGACCGGCUGACGGAGAUGGACGGCAAGGCCCUAGAGGAGGAGGUCAAGGUGUGUAGGCAGCGCGUUAAGGAGAUCCAGGACGAGCUGAAAUGGACCGAGAAGUUCUACAAAGCUCAGAUCAUUGAGCAGGAGCAGAAAUCUCACGAGAACUGGGUGAUUGCACGCGCCGCAGAGCGAGCUCUGUUCGACGAGAAGAAGGAAACAACUAACAUUCGUAACUUACUGACUGACAUGUCCAGCAAGCUGAAGGAGCUCUGUAGGCCUCUGUUCAAGCCCACCCCUGGGAUGGCUCCCAUGCCUCUCCGACGAGGACCACGACCUCACUCUGACCCUCACGGCCGCCGUUACUCUCCGUACCACAAACACCCAGUGGCUGCUAGACCUGACACCAUGGCCCCACGCACAUCUUCACCAAGCAAUCUGGGCAGCUCGAACUCUCGACCUCAGGGUCCUGGCUCCCUGCUGGUCUCUCCCAUCAGCUCCCCCCUCAACUCAAGCCUCAGACCAGUCAUCAGCCAUCCCUCCGGACUCUGCCACCGUCCUCUUCCCGGACCCCACCACAUCCCUCCUCCCCCACCCUUCAUGCCUCCCGUGUACCGACCAGUCAACGGACACUCAGGCAUGAUGCCUCCUGGACCCCCACCACCUAACGGACACCCGCCUGGUCCAAUGAUACCACCCGGACAUCGGCCUCCACCUCCUGGUGCUUACGGUCCCUCUUCCCCACACAACCGGUACCUUCCUCCACCUUCUCACUAUGGACCGGUGCCUCCUCCAUUCGGACCCCCACAUACCUACGUGCACUAUGGACCACUUGAUCACUUCAUCCCACUCCGACACCUGCCCCCUGGGGUGGCCCCAUUCCCUCCUCAUGUCGGCCCCAAAGACUUCCCUGUGCAGCCACAGGUCCCACAUGGCCAUGACUCUUCAGUGGGCCCCCAGCCCGGCGCUGGCCCCCAGGGCCAGGGGCAAGACUACAGCUCCCAGCAGGCAACAGCUGCCCCCCAGGACUCAGUCAGCUCUGCCAUGGCAGAGCCUUAGACACCUACCAACCGUUAACGACCUGGCUACAUUUAAUCAACCACGAUUCAUCUCUUUAUUUUUUCCUUUUUGUUUUUAAUUGGCUGAAAAUAAAUAUCAUAUGAUAUACUUGGAAACAACAGAAGUAUCUAAAAAGUUAGUGUUCCUAUUAAAGCAUCAGAAAAUCAAUGUCGUAUGUUUCGUGUCUGAAAUGUAAUAAUGACUUGAAGAGGAGUAGAACUGAGGCUUGUUACUCUGCAAGUCCUAUUGUGCAAUAACAUUUCUAUUGAAUGACUGAGGAUUUUACGUUUUUGAAAGGGUAUUAUGUUGAUUUUGUAUUAAUUUCACAAUGUUAUCAUGGUUUCCUGUGGAAAUUAUUCAAAAUAAAUGGACCCCAAGCUUUUGGGUUGCUUGAUCGAUCAUUUCAGAAGUACCAUAUUAUCUUAACUCUUCCCCAAACUCUCUUCAGAAUGAACUGAAAAGGAAAGUUGUGUAAGUUGAAAGUCAAAGAUGUAUUUGCUGUUCUUAGGAUAUUUUAUUAAUAAAACUGGUAAAAGGUA